GGGAUUAGAGUUGCGUUGAACAGGUUUAUGCCCAGGACCGUGGCCGGUGUCAGCGCGUGCACAAACUAAUUCUACUGCGUAUCUCCUGCGUAUCUCUUGAACGGCUGUGAACGAGCGUCACAUUUGCAAGGAUGGUUGCUUACUGGAGACAAGCGGGGUUGAGCUACAUCCGCUUCUCGGCCAUCAGCGCGCAGGCGGUGCGCGAGGCGCUUAAGCCGAAGGUCAAAGAGCUUGCGAUGAAGAACGCUGAAGCGAACGUGAAGGUGAUCAAGCCGAAGACCAUCCACAGGAGCUGAAGGCCACGUAUGAGACUCGGGCUGCUAGAAGAACAUGAUGUUGAGUCCUUAAUCACGGUGUAAUCUUAUUAAAGCUCUGAUGGUUGUAAACACCGUGA